AUUGAAAUUCAUGGCAGGAGAUGGCUCAGGUCAUUCAAUAUGCGCAUCACAACGCUCUCGAGCAUCCGUUCACAACCGCGAGAUUAGCGCCAUGAAUUGCUUUUGUUGGCGAUCAUCUGCUUAGACGUCCUCGCCAUCACCACAGGCGAUACUCGUAUGGAAAUACCUUAAUGACAUGAAUAGCUGAUUCACUCCUCGGUGCGGUGCACUUCACUGUAAGCUACCAAGAAGGCGUUGUGCAUAAACUUUCGAGCUAUUCAAUGUCAUCUUCCAGUCACUCCUUGCGUUCCAUCACAUCUUCGGUCCCCGACCUUCACAACCAUUCAAUGCCACCGAUCAUUUGAUUUAGCAUGUCUGUUGUUUCAUUGUCCGCGCGCUCUUGUCAGCUAUAUACCUCAAUUUCUCAGAUCUACGCUUGUUGAGAAACCCCACACACAAUGAUCAAAGUACACAAGUUCUUACUCCUCUCUCAAUGGCUUGCGCCGGUCGCAAGUCGGGUCUAUACAGGCUUCAACUAUGGCGCCUUCUGGUCGGAGGGCGACGCCAAAUACGAGGCCGACUUUGCCGAAAACUUCAAGUUAGCUUCUAGUAUCAAUACCACAAUACCUUUUGACAGCGCCCGCUUGUUCACUUGUAAAACAGAUGGUACGUUGAACGAUCCCACUGAAGCUUUCGAUGCUGCCGUUGCGACGAACACAUCACUUCUGCUUGGCUUCUGGGUUUCACCAGCCACAAGAGGCGAUUCGCCUGACGAAAUGAUCAAGAAUGAGAUGAUCGCGCUCGGGAAGGGCUUCGAAAAACAUGGUCAAAAUCUCUCCGACCUCAUCAUCGGGCUCUCUGUUGGGAAUGAAGAUGUGUUUCGUUGGAACAACGUACCCACCGCCUCGGGCCUUGCAGCAGACAUGCUCUCAGUAACCAUUAGCAAAGUAAAAAAAGACAUCGCCAUGUCUCCCUUCGCACAGUACAUGGAAGGAAAACCAAUCGGACAUAUCGACACAGCACAGUAUGCUGUGGUGAACGAUGAUGUCGCAGAUUUCGUAGGUGUGACCGUCUACCCUUACUGGAACAACGAAAGCAUCGCAGACGCAAAGGAAAGCUUUCUCAGCUCACUCGAAGAUGUCGAACGUCGAGCUGGCGACACUCCUAUAUGGAUUGCGGAGACAGGUUGGCCUUUUGAAGGUCCUCAGAGGGGGGAGGCUGCUGCAAGUACUGAGAACUAUCAACAGUAUUGGAAAGAGGUAGGAUGCUCUAUAUUCGGAAAAUACAACACAUUCUGGUUCGAGCUGUCGCGAGAUACGCAGACAGACCAGCCUGAUUGGGGUCUUGUCGAUGUUUCGUCGAAACAGCCUCGUAUCACGGACCUGACUUGUCCUGGUAUGUUAGAUGUACCGGAUCUCCCAGCAAAUAUGUCGGCGGUAACACCUUCUUCGGCGUUCACUUUACAAAGCACAACUCAUGUCAUCAAGACUGUUAUCACCACAGUGUAUCCAACAGACUCACUAGCACAUUCAGCACCACCGGGAGACGAGAAAACCACUACCACGAUCACACAGACCGUAUACGUUCCAUCUUCGCCAACCAUAACCCCAGCAGCCAUCUCAAAACUACUCGCCGACAACAUCCCAUGGUGUGUGACAGUGGCCGAUGUCGCAUGGAAUGGCCAGUACGUUCCUGUGGCGGCUAAUCCAGCAGGACCAGACGGCAAGUGUACUCCAGCGCCAACGCAUAGCGGGCUUCCAUAUGGUGCAGCCAAGACGAUGGUAUUCCAAUCUUACUCGAGCGACGCAGGGGUUAUACCAGUAAUGCCGACUUGGGCACCUUCUCUAGAAGCCCCAACACCUCCUAGUGACCAAGAGGUAACUAGCUCUUACACGCCGGAGCUAUUGUCUGCAAGCUUUGUACUCCCAGCAUCGACCUUUUCGACGAUGAUAUCUGAGUGCUGUUUUACUCUCGUCAACCUCAGCAUCAUUAUCCUCUGGUACGUCUGCACAGAACAUGCUACUCCCAUCGCCUCCUGCAAACUCACCGGCAUUGUUGUCUACUGUGACCUCUCCGUCUCUUGUCCCUCAUUCAAUGCCUCUACGCCCUACAAACAGGGUGCUGUCAGGCUUCACUUGGCCGAAGGGUCAGUGUGCGAGGAUGACAAGGUCAUUAUAUUCAUGGAUAGGAAGAACAAUCCCUUAGACAGAUUACGCCGCAGAGGGAGGGAGCUUGACUAA